ACGUUUACACGCGAAGUUUAUUUUUAGAAAACAUUAAGGAUGGUUGGAAGGAAUGCUAAACGUUUGCUAAAAUAUGUUUCCGAACAAACUCUUUAUUCAACGAGAAAUUAUGCAACCGCAAAAAGAGUGGUUGCAUCAAAACCUGUGGUGGAGAUGGACGGAGAUGAGAUGACUCGGAUUAUUUGGGAAAAAAUUAAGGAAAAGCUGAUAUUUCCAUAUGUCAAGCUAGAAUGUCUAUAUUUCGAUCUGGGUCUGCCUCACCGUGACGCAACUGAAGACCAAGUAACCAUAGACGCAGCUCACGCCAUUCUCAAACACAACGUCGGUAUCAAAUGCGCUACCAUCACACCUGACGAACAGCGAGUUGAAGAAUUCAAGCUAAAGAAAAUGUGGCUGAGCCCUAAUGGAACCAUCAGAAAUAUUCUCGGUGGUACUGUAUUCCGCGAGCCCAUCCUUUGCAAGAGCAUUCCACGUCUCGUUCCUGGAUGGACUAAUGCCAUCGUUAUUGGGCGUCAUGCUCAUGGAGACCAAUACAAGGCUCAAGAUUUUGUUAUUUCCAAACCCGGCAAGAUGGAGAUGGUUUUUACAGGCCAAGACGGUACUGUAGAGAAACGUUUGUUGUAUGAUUACAAAUCCCCUGGCGUUGCUAUGGGCAUGUACAACACUGAUGAAUCAAUUCGUGCUUUUGCACACUCCAGUUUUCAGGUUGCGUUGCUAAAACAAUGGCCGUUGUACUUAUCAACUAAAAAUACGAUCCUUAAACGUUAUGAUGGCCGUUUUAAGGAUAUCUUUCAAGAAAUUUAUGAGAGUGAUUAUAAAAAGAAAUUUGAGGAUGCGAAGAUCUGGUACGAGCAUCGUUUAAUCGACGACAUGGUAGCGCAAGCUAUCAAAAGCUCCGGUGGUUUUGUGUGGGCCUGUAAGAAUUACGACGGCGAUGUUCAAUCUGAUAUUGUCGCACAGGGCUACGGUUCACUAGGGAUGAUGACUUCCGUGCUAAUGUGUCCCGACGGGCGCACGGUGGAGUCGGAGGCCGCGCACGGCACCGUCACGCGCCACUACCGCAUGCACCAGCAGGGCAAGCCUACUUCCACCAACCCCGUUGCUUCCAUCUACGCCUGGACGAGGGGUCUCAUCCACCGCGCCAAAUUAGAUGGAACACCUGAAUUGGCACAUUUCGCCAACGCUUUGGAAGAGGCUUGUAUCGAGUGUAUAAACAGUGGCAAGAUGACCAAGGAUCUAGUUAUUUGUAUUCAUGGAUUAGCCAACACAAAGGAGGGAAUGUACUUGAACACGGAAGACUUCCUUCAGGCCAUUGCAGAUCAUCUUGAGCGUAAACUUACCAAGUGAAAAUACAUUUGAAUUCGAUAUUCAUAUAAUCAGCUAAUACAAUUUAAAAACCUUUUUUUUCUAAUUAAUAAUUCAUAUUUGGUGCUUAUAAUUUUUUUUAGUACUAUUUUUAUAUAAAUCACAAAAUGUAACUUAUUAUAUUGGGACCAUGAGUGUAUAGUUUAAUUAAUUUGAAAUGAAAUUAUUAUAUUGUGUUUUAAAUUGAUUUUAAUGAUCUUCAUUGUAUGUGAAGAAAAGUUAUUCCUCUAGGUCUGGGUGCUAUUUUGUUAGAUUAGAAUGCUUAAACAGAAAUAUUAAUGUAGUGUUUGUAUAUACUUGAAGAUUAUAACUUUAAAUGCAUUUAACAGUACAAUAAAAUAAAGCCACCACUUAUUCCACUUGUUUUGAAUGCACUUCUGUUGUAUCUUUUUAUAUAAAAGAUUUAUUA